GAAAGCUCGCUGUAAAGAAAGCAGAAGUUGUAAAUCAAAAUGGAGAUAAAUAUUGAUGAUGCAAGCAAGAGAAUUUCUGAUAUACACCUGUCAAAGAGUUCAGGUGAGAACAAAGAAAACGAUGAUCCUGAUGAGGUAGAUCAACAAAGGUUUAAUGAAUUAGUGAUGAAAGCAAAGAAGCUUAUAGGCGAAGGAAAUAUCGAAGAUGCAUUGAAACUGAAUAAGAAGGCUCUUAGUAUCUGUUACAGUGAAAAAUUGGCAAAGAAAAUCAAGAAAAUGGAGGAUUAUAUAAAGGCCCAUGCUGAUGAUUCUGAUGAAGAUGAUGAGGAUAACGGGAUGUUACAUCUAGGUAAAGGUUUUUACCUGUACCGUGAUCUCUUUAACAAUCUGUAUGCUCACCAGCAGGAGGGUGUUCUAUGGCUCUGGUCAUUGUUCAGAAGGAAAAAAGGCGGGAUUCUUGGAGAUGACAUGGGACUGGGUAAAACAAUUCAAAUAAUAAGUUUCCUAUCAGGGAUGUUUGACAUGCAGAAGGUCAAGUCUGUUCUUAUAGUGCUGCCUGUAGCUGUCAUGGUGAACUGGGAAAAAGAAUUCCAGAAAUGGGCACCAGGUCUAAAAGUGGUUGCUUAUCAUGGUAACAGCAAGAGAGAAAAGGAAAGGGCUCUAGCUCGUGUCCAGAGGCGAGGUGGUGUGUGUUUGACUACAUAUGGUCUAGUAGUGACAAGCUGGGAGCAAAUUGGGCAACAAGAUGGCAGAGAAUUUGUAUGGGAUUACAUGAUACUGGACGAAGGACAUAAAAUAAAAAACCCAACAAAGACAAGUAAAGGUGUACAUGCUAUACCUGCCCAUAAUCGGAUCAUUCUCACUGGAACACCUGUUCAAAAUAAUCUCAAAGAGUUGUGGUCACUUUUUGAUUUUGUUCAUCAAGGAUCUUUGCUUGGCUUGCAGAAAACGUUUAAAAUGGAAUUUGAAAAUCCUAUUACAAGAGCAAGAGAAAAAGAUGCUACUGUAGGUGAGAAGAAGUUAGGACUGGAGAUGGCAGAAAGUCUGAAGAAGAUCAUAGCUCCAUAUUUCCUCAGGAGAACAAAGGCUGAGGUGAAGGAAAGAGAGAAAGCUUCUAAAGACGAGCCUGAUUCUGGUGUCACCCAUGCUGUCAUGCCAACAAUGACAAGGAAGAAUGAUUUAAUUGUAUGGACGUUCCUGCGAGACACACAACUGAAAAUAUAUCAGGACUUUCUCUCUCUAGAUUCAGUUAAAGAGUUGCUGAUGACAACAAAAUCACCGCUGGUUGCUCUGAAUGUCUUGAAAAAAAUUUGUGAUCAUCCACGACUGCUGUCUACCAGAGCAUGUGCUCAACUUGGAAUACAAGAUGAAGGUUUAGAUGAUGACAUUUUAGAAACAGAGGAAGGGAAUUUAUCGGCUGUUACUCGUAUACAACAUAUAGCAGACAAUAUUCUGAUCAAUGAGUCAGGCAAACUUUUGUUUCUCGUCGAGUUACUUGACAGAUUGAAGGUGGAGGGUCAUCGGUGCCUCGUCUUCUCACAGUCACGUAAAAUGUUAGAUAUCAUGCAAAAAGUCAUAACAAACAGGGGUCACAAGUUAAUGAGAUUGGAUGGAACAAUAGCUCAUGUACAAGAGAGAGAAAACAGAAUACAGAAAUUCCAAACAGAUUCUUCAUACAGUGUUUUCCUGCUCACUACCCAGGUUGGUGGGGUUGGCCUUACACUGACUGCUGCAGACAGAGUGGUUAUUUUUGAUCCAAGCUGGAAUCCGGCCACAGAUGCUCAGGCUGUCGACAGAGUAUUCAGAAUAGGUCAGGACAAGAAUGUGGUCAUCUAUCGACUUAUUACAUGCGGAACUGUUGAAGAGAAAAUAUACAGACGUCAAAUCUUCAAAGAUUCAAUAACUAGACAAACAACAGGGAAUGCGAAAAACCCUUACAGAUAUUUCAGUAAAUAUGAACUUAAAGAGCUAUUCACGCUGGACGACCCGCACUCGUCUACAACCCAGCAACAGUUGGAGCAGAUGCACAGUGGACAGCGACUGACAGACCCUAGUCUAGAUGAACACAUCGCAUAUCUUUACUCACUAGACCUGUUUGGGUUAAGUGACCAUGACCUGAUGUUCUCACACGGGAGCGAGGGAGGUGAUGAACAAGAUGAUGAAGAAGCAGCUGUUGAACCUGAAAACGACUAUAUUCAACAUAGGGUUCAGAAAGCUCGUGAAAUUAUUCAAAUGGAGUCUAGUCAGCCGUGUACAUUAGAGGAGAGACUUGGCAAGUCAACUCAACAGCCAGGUGGGGAAGGUGGUACGAAGGAAAGUUACAUAAAGAAUCAGUUUAGCACCUGGGACUUCCCAAAACCUGGCGCCUCACAGGAGGAAGAAGAGAGUGAAGAGGACACGGAUAGUGAGAAUACGGAAUCUUCCCAUCAUUCAGGGACGUCAGACCAUGCCGAUGUUGUUCACAUAGUGGAAUCUCCACAGAGAGACACCAGAACUGACAUGCUGGCACAGUCAGACACUAUAGAUCUUACGUCACCACUUGUUAAACAAGAAGUAAAACAGGAAACUGAUGUUAAGGUAGAACCUGUAACAAUGGACUAUUCUAGAACACCAAAACAAGAACUAGGUACAGUGAAACAUGAGAUGAUGGAUACAGAGAUGAAAUCUCCCUUCGCUGUUCAAAAGUUUACAAAGGAUGAAGAUGAGCCUAUGGAAAUAGGAACACCCAAAAGGCAGCCUCUAUCUGAAUAUGUGAAUGUUAACACGGACGCAAAUGCUGAAGCUGUUAGAAUGACACCUGGGAACAAAACACCUGUGAAACAAGAUUCACCUAAACUAAGACUGUUUGAGACUACACCAAAAUCAUCUAGGAGGGAUAGCAACAUUGUACAUGAAGAAAUUAUUAUAUCCCCGGAUGCUACCAAACCGUUGGUUCAAACUCGGCCCCCAAGUACAUCAAACCUAAGUAUGAUGAGUCUUGCAGGUGCCUUCCAGCCCAAAUUUAAUUCUACCGAAUGUUAUGCUGGUGAAAGUCCAGAUAUUUUAAAUCAGUCCAGAAAUUCCAAGACAAGCUCUGGUUACAGUCCUGCCGGGCGAACAAAAAUUGGUGCUCAAAAUUCACCUUCAAGGCAACCGUUUCAGUCACUUGUUGCAGAGUCUCCAGACACUUCAAUUGCAAGCUCAGGUAAACAUAGACAGUUAUCGAGCAAAUCAAGCGGAACUGAUGAAAAUAGUUCUUGCUUGGUAGAAUCGGACGGGGAGAAUGAUGAUGAUCCUGUGAUAAUUGACGAUUCUGUGGUAGUGUCGGAAGGCGAGGAAAAAGAAAAUAUAGCACCUGGUAAUAUAUCUGUACACGAUAUAAAUAAUAUCUUACAGAAAAGCUUAGGUAAUGCAGCAGAUCAUUCGUUCAAUGAAAGUCCUGUGGUUACUAAAUCAAGGCGGAAAUCAACAGCAUACAGGAGACGUGUUAUGGAAAGUUCAGACGAGGACGAAGACAAUGAUGAGGAUAAAGAGACAAAUAAAAGUUUACCAGAUAUAAGUUUUAAUACUAGUCGUAAUAAAUUUGAAAAAUCUCUUGAAAAUGUAACAGAGGACUUGGCAAGUGUAGGAAACAAUGAGGGUUUGGAAAACGAUCAAGAAAGUAAUGGACAUAUAGAGACAGAAUCUGCAAAUAGAGAAGAAAUGCAUAGUGACGAUGGUAAUGAUAGUGACAUGUAUGCUGACAAUGAAGCAGAUGAUGAUGAAGGUGAUAAUGAUGACAUUGAUGAUAGUAAUGAUGAACAUGAUAUUGAUCAUGGUAGUAAUGGAGUCACUGAAAUCAGUAAAGACGAAGAUAAAUUAGAUGUAGAUAAUGUAUGUGAUGUUGCCAAUGAGGAUGAAGUUAAUGAGGAUGAAGUUAAUGAUGAUGAAAAUGUCGAGGAUGAGUCAGAAGAGGAAGAGGAGGUUGAAGAAUUCGAAGAUUUACCAGAGACUGAUCAGAUUCGUUACAAUGAGCUGGUGGAGGCUGGCAGAAUAUAUUGCGGGAACAAGCAGUAUGAAGAAGGUCAAGCUUGUGUUCUACAAGCGUUAGAGAUUUUUCCUGACCCGGAACUGCAGCAGACGUCAAUGACCUUACAGCGUAAAAUUAUGAAACAAAGGCAAAGACAACAGAUGGAAAGGGAGCAGAAUAUGCAAACAUGAUGUUAUAGAAUUAGUAGAAAAAUUCUUGUGAUAAAUUUACUGUAGUACAUUGUAUGUAGAUUUGAAGGUCUAAACUUUUUUCGUGAUAUUUUUUUUUAUCUGAAAUAUUAUUAAAUAAAUAUAUAUCAAAAUAAUAUACUGACAAGUAAUCAAAUAUAUCUUUUGCAUAGCUAUUUCAAGCUUAUAUCUUGACACAAUUUUCUGUCUCAAAAUAUUUUAGAUUUAGUUGAAUUGUCUCUACAGCAUAAUAAUAAACAUAUAACUUUUGUUUUAUCUUUCAUGCAGUGCAUUUUUACACACAAACCUGUAAAUUUCUUAAAUUACUUAAGUCUGGUAGGUCAUUUUAUGGAAAAUGAAAAGAAAAAGUUUAGUUUAUUAAAACGUACAGUACCUAAAUACAUUUUAUUAUUGAUAUUUAGUUAAUAAAAAUAAUCACUUUCAUAUACAUGUACUAAAAUCAUCUUUCACAGGUAAAGCAUGUAAGUGCCUAUGCAUAACAGAGUUGGUGUGAGGUAGAACAUCCAACUGUAAAUUAGUUUUGCAUGCUUUUUGAACUUCAGACUUUUCAAAACAAAAUAACUGAGUAGUUGUCAGAAGAUCUUUCUCUCUCUCCCUCUCUCCUACAUUCUGUCAUUUCUUCUGUCCUAUAACUUUGAAUGUUUAUUUGUAUCUUUAUUUUGUCUAUGUCUGUUUUUGAUUAUUUUCUAUACAAAAUAAAUAUAUUAAUAAUUCA